CUCUCUCUCUCUCUCUCUCUCUCUCUCUGGGUACCAUACUUUCAUUCUUUUUUUCCAACUCAGACAAUGAGCUAAGCCUCCUCAGGUGAUGCAAAGUUUUAUAUACUCAGUCGUCGAGAAUGCUUGAUAGUGGUUACAAAUCACAAUACAUGGGUGGCCAACGUGAGAAAUUUCUAAGGUUAAAUGACUCGGAAUCCACAUUAUCAUCACCUUCUGAUACUGGAGUGAAUAAAUGCGGAUUUAAUGUUGAGGGAUUUCGCCCUGCUGCUCAUGCAAGAGAUGGAACAUCUAGAUCUUUCAAGAGAGGAAUGAAAAAGAGAUCUGAAGGACUUAAGUCAAUUGGUCGAUCACUUAGAUUUGGGGUUUCUCGGGCAGUGUUCCCAGAAGAUCUCAAAGUUUCAGAGAAGAAGAUAUUUGAUCCUCAAGACGAAUUCCUCCUUUUGUGGAAUAAACUUUCUGUUGUAUCAUGUAUUAUGGCAGUAUCUGUGGACCCUCUCUUUUAUUAUCUUCCAGUCAUUAAUCAGUCAUUAAAUUGCAUUGGUAUAGAUCGAAAGUUAGCAAUCACAGUGACUACAGUGCGGACAAUUGUUGAUGCUUUCUAUCUCAUUCACAUGGCUCUCCAAUUCCGAACAGCUUAUAUUGCCCCAUCAUCUCGGGUUUUUGGACGGGGUGAACUUGUGAUAGAUCCUGCACAAAUAGCCAGGCGAUACUUGCGGCGGUAUUUUAUCGUUGAUUUUCUUGCUGUACUACCCCUACCACAGAUUGUUGUAUGGAGAUUUCUUCAGAAUUCAGAAGGUUCAGAUGUACUGGCGACAAAACAAGCCUUGUUUUUCAUUGUCUUGCUUCAAUAUUUUCCCAGAUUUCUUCGAAUCUUACCUUUAACUUCAGAACUGAAAAGGACGGCAGGUGUCUUUGCUGAAACUGCUUGGGCAGGUGCUGCAUGUUACUUGCUACUAUACAUGCUCGCUAGUCAUAUAGUUGGGGCAUUCUGGUACCUGUUAGCUGUAGAACGCAAUGACACAUGCUGGCAGGAGAGUUGUUCUAAAGAAUUUCCUGAUAGUAGAGAAGCUUGUAAAAGUUCUUUGUAUUGCCACCAACCUGUGGAAAACAAUACCUGGCAGACUGUUCUUAGUUUAAAUUGCACAGCGGUUGGUGAUAACCCACCAUUUGAUUAUGGCAUCUAUGUAAAAGCUUUGUCAUCUGGAGUUGCUUCAUCCAUGAAGUUUGUCCCCAAAUACUGUUACUGUUUAUGGUGGGGGCUACAGAAUUUAAGUACACUUGGCCAGGGACUUGCAACCAGUACCUAUCCUGGAGAGGUUAUAUUUUCCAUAGCUCUAGCCAUAUUUGGCCUCAUCCUCUUUGCUCUUCUGAUUGGCAACAUGCAGACCUAUCUUCAAUCGCUUACUAUUCGGCUUGAGGAGAUGAGGGUUAAAAGACGUGAUUCAGAACAGUGGAUGCAUCAUCGCUUGCUACCACAAGGCCUUAAAGAGCGGGUUAGACGUUAUGAUCAGUACAAGUGGUUGGAAACACGUGGGGUGGAUGAAGAGAGUUUGGUUCAGAGUCUACCAAAGGAUCUUAGAAGAGAUAUCAAGCGGCACCUCUGUCUGGCUUUAGUGAGGAGGGUUCCUCUGUUUGAGAGUAUGGAUGAGAGAUUGCUUGAUGCCAUCUGUGAGCGACUGAAACCAUGUUUAUUCACAGAGCGUACUUUCUUAGUCCGGGAAGGAGAUCCAGUUGAUGAGAUGCUUUUUAUCAUACGCGGUCGCCUUGAGAGUGUAACCACCGAUGGUGGGAGGAGUGGCUUCUUCAACCGUAGUUUUUUGAAUGAAAGUGAUUUCUGUGGGGAGGAGCUUCUAACCUGGGCACUGGAUCCCAAAUCGGGAUCAAACCUCCCAUCUUCUACUCGGACUGUGGAGGCUAUAACAGAGGUUGAGGCUUUCGCUCUUACAGCUGAAGAGUUGAAAUUUGUUGCAAGUCAAUUUAGGCGCCUUCACAGUAGACAGGUUCAACACACCUUCCGUUUCUACUCACAGCAGUGGAGGACUUGGGCCGCAUGCUUUAUCCAAGCAGCAUGGCGCCGAUAUUCCAAGCGGAAGACUAUGGAGCUUCAACGCAAGGAGGAAGAAGAAGAAGAAAGAGCAAAAGGGUUGGAAGGGACCGGCAACAAUGUUGGUGGGGGUUCAUACAGUCUUGGUGCCACUUUCUUAGCUUCCAGGUUUGCAGCAAAUGCUCUUCGUGGUGUACAUCGAAAUCGGCUUGCAAAGACUGCUAGGGAAUUAGUGAAACUGCAAAAGCCUCCUGAGCCUGAUUUUGCUGUUGAGGAUGCAGAUUAACUUGUGAUGUGUUACCUAAAAAAAAAUUAAGAGAGAGAUACUUGUGAUGUAAAAUAAUUCGUUUGAUAUGCUCAUAUGCUCAUGACUGAUUUUUUUUUAUUAUUUUUUUUCUGAUUUUACAUUGCUCCAAGGGGGGGCAAAAAACAAUGUAUAACUUUACACAACUUUAAAUAGCGAUUGCAAGGCUUGCUGGAAGAAAAUGUAAAAAGUUAAUAUGCUUA